AUGCAGUACAAGACUCUCGCCCUUGCUUCUCUCUCCCUCUUCGGGGCCGCCAGCGCCCAGCAGGUGGGCACUCAGCAGUCUGAGACCCACCCGAAGAUGUCAUGGCAGACCUGCACUGGCACGGGCGGAAGCAGCUGCACGACCAAGUCUGGUUCCGUUACCCUCGACUCCAACUGGCGUUGGGCCCACGUUACCAGUGGCUACACCAACUGCUACGACGGCAACGCCUGGAACUCGACCUCCUGCGCGGACGGUGCUAGCUGUGCGAAGAACUGUGCUAUUGAUGGUGCUGACUACUCUGGCACCUACGGUAUCAGCGCUAGUGGCAAUGCUCUUACUCUAAAGUUCGUCACCAAGGGCUCCUACUCCACCAAUAUUGGUUCCCGUACCUACCUCAUGGAGAGCGACAGCAAGUACCAGAUGUUCAACCUCGUUGGCAAGGAGUUCACCUUCGACGUUGAUGUCUCCAAGCUUCCUUGCGGUUUGAACGGUGCUAUGUACACCGUCGAGAUGGCUGCUGAUGGUGGCAUGGGUAAGGGCAACAACAAGGCUGGUGCCAAGUACGGAACUGGCUACUGCGAUUCCCAAUGCCCCCACGACAUCAAGUGGAUCGACGGAGCUGCUAACUCUGACGGCUGGGAGCCGAAUCCCAACGACAAGAACGCCGGUUCCGGCAAGCUGGGCGCUUGCUGCCCUGAGAUGGAUCUGUGGGAGGCCAACGCCAUCUCCACCGCCUACACGCCCCACCCUUGCAGCAAAACUGGUCUCUAUGCCUGCGCUGGCGAUGAGUGCGGUGAUGGCGACAACCGUUAUGGUGGUGUCUGUGACAAGGACGGCUGCGAUUUCAACAGCUACCGCAUGGGCGUCAAGGACUUCUACGGUCCGGGCAUGACCCUCGACACCAACAAGAAGAUGACAGUCGUCACCCAGUUCAUCGGCUCCGGCUCCUCCCUUACUGAGAUCAAGCGCUUCUACAUCCAGGACGGAAAGGUGUUCAAGAACUCCGACUCUGCCAUCGAGGGUGUUACCGGAAACUCCAUCACCGACUCCUGGUGCGACGCCCAGAAGGCCGCUUUCCAGGACAAGACCUCCUUCCAGGACCACGGUGGUCUCAAGGCCAUGGGUGAGUCGCUUGCUCGCGGCCACGUGCUCGUCAUGUCGCUAUGGGAUGACCACGCCGUCAACAUGCUGUGGCUCGACUCUACCUACCCCACCGACAAGGACGCUUCCACCCCUGGCGUUGGCCGUGGCACUUGCUCAACUGACUCUGGGAAGCCUGAGGAUGUCGAGGCGAACUCGCCCGAUGCUACUGUCAUCUACAGCAACAUCAAGUUCGGCCCGAUUGGCUCCACUUUUGCUCAACCUGCAUAG